AAAAGUUUUCUUACUUAUAGGUGCUUUUAUGUCUAAAGGAUGGUCUCCAAAGAGUGAAACUGAUCAAAUGUGCAUUUUUUAUUCUAAUAGAUAUGGACAGAUUUGCUCUCAAAAUGUUUGUGGUAAUUCAAAACACCAGUAAAGCAGGGGAGACGUGUAUUUUGGAAAAGCACCCAAGGCGAUUCUGAAGUGUAGCCCAGGAUAAGAACCAUUGCCCAGGGCUGUUCCAGAUGGUCCCUGGGUUCCUGAAGGAGGUACCAGGAGAGAAAUCUUCACUGAAUGAGUGGACUCCCCAGGGAAGUGAUGAAAUGGUCCUUAUCAGCCUUGCUAUCUCCCUCUGACAGAGGCAAACUCUCUCCCCCGGGGGAAGUUCCUCCAAGGCCUCUAUAUAAGAUGUCUUUGUGAGAGGGAGCCAAGAAGGACCUGGGCUUUGGGAAGAUCUAAAGACCCAGGAAGGUCUCUAGGUGGGUGAGUGCUUUCUCUGCUGUGGUAGAGCUGGUGAUAGUUUAUUCUCCCAGGAGGUCCCUGGCUGUGGCUGACGGUUUCUGGAGGGCUGGCAGGGGUCUACCAGUGGCUUUCAGGUUACGAGGUGUUGGCAGGGGCAGCCUUCAUCCUCUGCCUUGCACAUUCCUUCUGUGGGAUGUGAAAGCGCUCCUUGGCUGGGGAAGACGGUGGAGACAUGAAGGACAGCGUGGGUGGCUUCUUGAGCUUUGAGGAGGGGACAUACCUUCUAAGUCCUGUGUGUUCCGAGGAAAGCCAAUAAUCAUUGCUUCUCCCUCCUCUUUUGUGUCAUAGACUCUGAGGGACCCAUUAAGUACAAACAAACAAGUGUAAUAGUUUCUUCUUUACUUCCAGGCCUGAAGGAAAGCCAGCCUCAGCCACCCCUCAGGGUUUGCUGCGUUCUGUUUAGAAAGAGGUCCUUGUGUCCUGGAUCCUGAAGCAUCAGGAGCUGAGCUUGGCGAGAAAGCCAAGAUGAAACUCCCCCUACUUCUGGCUCUUCUAUUUGGGGCAGUUUCUGCUCUUCAUCUGAGUCCUGAGACUUCCACCUUUGAGAGCACUUUGGGUGCUAAGACCCUGCCUGAGGAUGAGGAGAUGCCAGAACAGGAGGUGGAGGAGAUCCUUUCCAGGGAGCUGGAGGAAGAGGAGGAGGGGGGCUCUGGAAGUGAAGAUGCCUCCAAGGAAGAUGGGGCUGUUGAGUCGAUCUCAGUCCCAGAUAUGGUAGACAAAAACCUUACGUGUCCUGAGGAAGAGGAUACAAUAAAAGUGGUGGGCAUCCCUGGGUGCCAGACCUGCCGCUACCUCCUAGUGAGAUGUCCUCGCACGUUUAACCAAGCUUGGUUUACUUGCCAGAGGUGCUACAGGGGCAGCCUGGCUUCCAUCCACAACUUCAAUACUAAUUCUCGAAUCCAGUGGUCAGUCAGCGCGCUCAACCAGGGUCAAGUCUGGAUUGGAGGCAGGAUCACAGGCUCGGGUCGCUGCAGACGCUUUCAGUGGGUUGACGGCAGCCGCUGGAACUUUGCGUACUGGGCUGCUCACCAGCCCUGGUCCGGCGGUGGUCACUGUGUGUCCCUGUGUACCCGAGGAGGCCACUGGCGUCGAGCCCACUGCCUCAGAAAACUUCCUUUCAUCUGUUCCUACUGAGCUGGUCCCAGCCAGCAGUUCAGAGCUAUCCUCCCCUGGGCAGCUGCCUCCCCUCCUCUGCUUGCCGUUUCUCCCUCCACCUCCCUGCAAUAAAAUGAGUUUUACUGAAA